GCAUUCGAGACGGUACCGAUCUGAGUUGGCACCAACCAACGCACGCAAAACAAAAAAAAUACCAAAUGGGCGACGACGUCGAGUUCGUGAACGACGACGAUGACGAUCCCGUUUACGUUCCAUCGGCCGCUCCUACUCUCGACCACCCGUCUGUAGAGUCGUCGGGUGGGCGCCGGACGGAGCUAUCUCGACGGCGCGUUUUGGCGCCCUCGUCGUUGCAGUCGUCCUCGCGGCAGUCGUCCUUGGGCUACUACGGCACGCUCUCCGUCAAUGACAUUGCGCAUACAUCACCAAUACCGCCAGCACCACAACGGGCUACCAGCACCACCACCGGCAGCAGCCACGACGUGCUGGCCGAGAGUGAGACCACGACUCGUGCGGGAACAUUGCCUGCUCGUCCUCCGCUUGUGCCGGCUGUCAAGACCUCCCCAGUACCAGUCGUCAACGCGACCAAGCACCCAAGAUCAUCAAGUUCGAUCUCGUCUGAUACUGGCGCCAGUGCGAGCGACGAUCCACAGGGCGUGGCGCCAGUCUACACCAAUGGCGCCAAAACCAAGCACCGCGGAUUCCCCAAGCCAGCACGUUCGUCACGGAUACCGCAGCCCAAGAAGGCGACAGACGACGAUGAUGACAAUGAUGGUGAUGAUGAUGAUGAUGAUGCUGACCACGACCACGACCACGACCACGACCCGGAGGAGAAGGAGCCAGCCGAGGAGAUGAGCAAGGCGAUCAACGUGCCGGACGACGAAGAGGGAUUCUUCUUUGUCGAGUGCAUUGUGGAUCAGCGCGACGAGGCAGACGGGCCGCGAUACUUGGUUCGGUGGCAAGGCCACGGGCCAGAGUAUGACACCUGGGAGCCAGCGUCCCAUCUGACCGAGUGCGCGGACAAGAUUGCUGCCUUUCGUCGUCGGAAAGCCCAGCAGUCGAAGCGAAGGUCUCCUGCGCCAGCCCACCCAGACGCCUCGCACACUGCCCUGCAGUCUGGUCGCGCGGCGGAUCCCACCGAGUCGGCAUCCAUGGCCUCUCUACCGUCAUCCCACCGAGAUGAAUCCGGAAUUUCUGGUCAACACUCAAGCCCCAUUCCUGUUCCCCGAUUGAGCAAUGCAACAUCCGCCUUGAGUGUAAAGCAGGAGGCUCCUGCUAUGGACACUCCCGAAGUGACAGUACGGUCUGGUCGGGGCCAAUUUUCGGUGCUGCAGCGCGGGCGGCCCCGUCUGCCAGCAUUUGUCAGUACUACAACGGAACUCCCACGAAUCGCGUCGUCAGAUAGCGUUUUGACGCCAACCCUGGGCUCUGCUGUUGGCGACGCCGCAGAACACCAGAGCACGACCCAGUUGGCCAGAUUCCCCACCACCAAGUCGGAGCCUGCACCACAACCACCGCAACAGCAACCACAAGAAGCACAGCAACCGCAAGAAUCACAGCAACAACCACACUGGCCAGUCGAGUCUUCUGAUGCCAGCACCGCUCCUAUGAGCGGCUCAGCGACCCUGCUCUCGCCAACACCGAUGGCAAUCGACCCACCUCGGCAAACCAGCACUCCAGCCAACCCCGAACCGUCGCCUGUGGAGACCGCGCAACUACAGUCUGCGAUAUUAGAACCGGCCCACGUUGUUUUCGCAGAUAUGACUUCGAGCCGUUCGUUGUUAAUCUCCACAGAAGACGACUCUGACGGUGCUUUUUUGUUCACCGAGCUCUCAGUCGACGAGGACGAGGAUGCGCUUUUGGAACCUCCAUUUGCGUUGCCUGUCAAUGAUGCACGGCAGCUGGAGAUUGUCGCAACCGGGGGCGACUCGGCCACGGCGUUUGUUUUCACCGAUCAAACGAGCGAAGAUCAGGAACAGAUGCACUCUACAGACUCGAGUGCGCUUCAUGACAGCGGAAAUCUGCAAUACGACCUACCUGUCGAAGCUGACGCGCAAGAGCAAACUUCUUCCGCACCGGACGCAACAGUCUCCGAGCCGGUGCCAAUGGACGAUGGCAUACCUGCAACAGAUUCCGUGUCGGGUAUUGAAAGUGGAAAUCUGCAAGCUGCUGCUGCCAUGCCUUCCACAGCUGGCUCCACGCCGCCGGUGCCAAUAGAUACUGGAGUAUCUACGAAAGAUUCUGCCUCUUGGAAACGUAACAGCCCUGCAAUUUCAACGAAAACAACAGCGGAGCAUGACUUCAAGGCAGAUCCCUCAACUGCUUCCGCAGUUCGACCAGCCAUUUCAGCGAAAACAACCGCAGAGGUUGUCAUUAAGACCGAGAGCUCAACUGCUUCCCUCGACCCUUCGCGUGCCGCAAAACCCGACACACCACCAUUGGCCAUGAACAAGUCGUCCGGCCAAAAACCUCCGACACCAGCCGCCGCCGCCCAACCGUCGUUUUGGAGCACCAUGUUUCAGCAGUUCUCAGCUCCGCUUGCGAGCAGCCCCACGGUUCAGCCAGCAGACGCCCUUCCAUCCUUUCGUUUCCACACUCCUGCUACACAGGUGCCGGCCGUUAAUGGCCCGGCCCAACCCUCCAGACAAGAUUCGACAGAAACUUUUCAACGCGAUUCGACAGAGUCGUCGAGCAGCGCCGCUGCAAAAAGUUCCAACACUCGAGCGAAUGCUGACCAACAAACCUCGCGAUACGCGACCAGGAGGUAUUGGCAUCCUGUGCGACUGACGGGGACUGAGCUGGGAAAAUCCAUUGAUUACAACAGUUAUUGUUUUCAAUGCUUGACGUCGAGCUAUACCGUCCGGCUUUGUUUCUCUUGCGACCAGAACUUUCACCCGGAAUGCUUGGGUCUGACGGACAAGUCGACUCUCGAAAAGUGUGCGUUCUGCAUCUCGAAAAGCCACCGAUGCACGACGUGUCAACGGAGAGGAACCGACGACCAGCCCGUCGUGCGGUGCUGGCUCUGCCCUCGCAGAUUUCACAACCGUUGCACCAGCCCGUCGUUUCGGCUAACCCCAGGGGGCGGAUUUAUUUGCGAUAGCCAUCACUGUGCCGUCUGCAAGUCUGAAACUCUGGACCCUUCGAUCGACGACACAUCGUCGGAUUUGACAACUCGCGAGUAUCGAGACCUGGAACCAUCGAGUACACCCGGACAUAACCAGCAUCUUGUGGCAUGCGUCGUUUGUGGUGAUGCAUACCACGAGCGGUGCCUUGAGGCCUCUGCUGGAUUGAGUCAAUCCAGACGCCUGAAUGUCGAUGCUGUGGUUUGCCAAAACUGCGCGCCCCGCUGGGAUGGGCAGCUUGCAUCAAAACGGUUGCCUUCCAACCGUGCCAAGAAGUUCAAUGAGCUGGGCCUGUCCUUUGUCGAAUCGCGCAAGGUCCUGCAGGCCAACGUGCUGACUUGCCUGGCGCAGCAAACCCGUGUCUCGAGUCACUCGUGUCUCUUGGCGUGGAACAAGACUUGCGAGCAAGCCGUGUCCGCGACCCGGCCGCCAUCAUCAUCGUCAUCAUCAUCAUCAACUGCUGGAACCAGCCGUCGUGCCUUGAGCAUUCCCAAUGCGUCUGAAAGUGCUGCUGUUGACAAAGGGUUCACAGCCUCUUCCAGCGCCGCUUCAACUUCCGCCUCCACCACCUCGGAGCUCAGCCGGCUGUUGUCAACAAGUGCACUUGACCUUCCGCCAUCCUUGCAGCUGAGCCCGUCAGAGUUCUCAGCCAAAAACCUGCCAUUGUCGCUGGGAACGCCCACCUCUUCUGCUGCGCUAAGUGAAGGAGACAUUUUCAACGUGGUCGAUCGUCGUUUGGGCGAGCGCCAUCGUCUGCUGACGGACGAACCCUCUUCGCCCCUGAGCCGGUCUCGACGAUUGAUUUCAACUUUGGGCCAGUCGUCCAACCACAACUUGCCCCCAUCCUCGCAAGCCGACAAGCGGCACGAAAGUUCUGCAGUUUCCGCAACCGCGGUUCCUGACGAUGCGUAUGAAGCCUGGUCCUUUCAUUCGAGCAGCAGCAGCAGCUCUCCCAAGCACAGUUCAGCACAGUCACGGCGUGCCGCUCCCACGCGACUGGGCAAGUCGUCAAAUGCUAACACGCCGGCGGGCUCGGAUGGAGAGGCUGAUGGCAGGACUGGACUUGGACCGGGAGUUGACGGCACCUUCCACCGCAACCAGCUGUACGACGAAGAGCGAGGCACCAGGCGUGUCGUCGUGAAAUCCGAGGGACAGAUCGAUUCACUCGCUACUCCAGCCACGCUGGCCGUGUCCCGUGCUCCCACUCAUCAGGAAUCGGUUGCAGACUCAAUGUCUGUCCCUCCUUUUGCCUCUGCCCCUGUCGCGCCUUCAGCAGCAGCCCCUUCAGCAGCAGCCCCUUCCGCAUUCACUGCCGCAUUGCCCGUGUCCGUGUCGGUAGACCCUUUCCCCCCGAUGACCACUGCAGCUGUUGCUGGUGGGCUCCCCCAGCCCCAGCAUCCUGCCAUCCAAGUGUCCGAACUAGCCCAAGUGGUGCAAGCGCUUUCUACAGGCUGGCGAGCACCCAACCCACCACUUCCGGCCGAAUGGAGCACUCAGCGUCUGAUACAACACCAGCAGCAGUUGCAGUUUCGGUUGCAGCAGCGGUUUUUGCAGCAACGAUGGCAACUUGAGCGCCAGAACGAGCCUGUACCACCGGAAUUGGGCUCGUUUCUUCCGCCCUCUCCGCCCCCGUCUCGAGACAGCGCGUUUUGGCGGGCUCCCGCAGGCAUGCCUCCAACGGAAGCCGAGCCUCCAUCCCAGGAGGUCGACCAUAAGCCCCCGGUCUCUCCAAGCCAAGAGAACCCGAAUCACGCGGCAACUUUGGUGGUCACCGAGGCUUCCUCUUCGACCGACACGCCUGUCGCAGACAUGAAUCCUCAAACCGAUGAACAUGACGACUCGUGGAACGCGACACAUGCGACCUCCACCGCACCAGCGGUCGUGUUCACACACGCCGAUCGGCAAGCCGCGUUGGCACCGUACCAGGACAUUUUGGCAAGCUCGACCGACUCUGACGGCAACCCCAUCUCGACCGAAAUGAAGCAUGCUGCGCUUUAUCAAGUCGUCAAAUUCGCGUACUUUGGGCGAUUGAACGGUCUUCCUCAUACAGUGCAUGUUCCUGCGAUCGGCGAGUUCAUCAUCUUGCGGAGCAUUACGCCCGUCAUUGCCUGCAUGAGGAGCAUGGCUCCUGGCGGCAAACUCACCGGUUUCCUUCGCCUUUUCCCGACCUUUUUUUCCAUCAACUUUCGCAAUGCUCAAAGCGUGACUGUUUCUCGGGACGCCUAUCUGCUCGCGAAGCGAACACUACGAGACGACGCCAAAACUGCCAAGGCGUGCCUGGCUGGGUACCGCGUCAAAAGUCGCGUCCGCUACCAACUUCAAAUGAAUGCAUCACCCAAGGCCAACAAGCAGCGUCCGUCGAGUUACGGAGUGAAUUCUGGUCACCAAUCCCAAUCCUACACCACCGGAUCCUAUCAACAGAGCCAAGGCCCACCCCGUCGUGCCCAUGAUACUUCUGCACCCAUUGCCACCCGUCUGGCUGCUCACAUCCCAGUGCGUGAUCAGCCCUCGCCGAGAGUGACUGCGCCACCGCUUUCGUCGCACCAGCGCGGGAGGUCGAGCGAAGCUCCACUCGAUCGACCACGGCGGACCUUUUCCGACGGCCCUGGUGCGUCCGAUCCCGAGCACAGCCCCGAUCGAGACCCCGCCCGCAAGCAAGGACGCCGUUCCUAAGACGACAGUUCCGAGUUCCGAUCCGAAAUUGCAGUUUGCGUGCUGUCUUUGCUACUUGUACUUUUGACCCCAGUCCAAUGUAUUGUAUCUCCUUUGUUACUGUGUAUCAUCCUGUGGACUGCAAUUCCCACUCGUGUUUAC